AUGAAACUCAACAAUUGUUAAGAAAGAUAAAUACACAUAAAAGAUAUUUUUAGUCAGGCAUCAAAGACUUUUAAGGACUCUAUUAAACUGCUAUCAAAAACAUCAGGUACCAUAGAUACAGCCUUUGAAAAAUCUAAGACUUAUAAAGGCGAAUUCGAGGAGUCUAAAGGAGGCGGUGUUAGACCUUUUGAUCAGUACUUUGAAACUAACAAUACUCUUAAAAUGCAAGAAGGGAAGACUGAUCAUGCAAAGAAAUAGCAUUCUUUAAAUACUGGCGAGAUGUUUCAAAGUGUAAAAAGUGAUACCAAUGAGAAAGACCAAAUUAUAGAUGAAUUUGAUUUGAAGAAGAAAUAUGAUAGAGAAAGUCCUGAGAUGGGUUCAGCAGGCAAGAUAAAAGCAUAAGAUAUUCUAAGCGAAAGAAUUCCAUAAGAAAAUUCAAACUUGAAAUGA